GAGUAAUUAAACAGCUCUGUUUUUAUCAGGUAAACAUGUCGACUGUCGGACUUCCUGCCACCUGUAUGGUAAAAAUUGCUCCUCGGACCCAACCAAAGAGCGGCUUUGUUAAGAGUCCAUCGUCUCUCGGGUCAGCAAGGAGCAUUUCUAAAGCCUUUGGAUUGAAAGCUAGCUCUGGCUUUAGAGUAUCAGCAUCAGCAGUCUAUAAGGUCAAGUUGGUUUGUCCAGAUGGCGUUGAGCAUGAAUUCGAGGCACCUUCGGAUACUUACAUCCUUGAUGCAGCUGAGAAUGCUGGAGUCGAACUCCCUUAUUCUUGCAGGGCCGGUGCGUGCUCAACAUGCGCGGGGAAGAUUGUAUCAGGGUCUGUUGAUCAAUCGGAUGGAUCUUUUCUGGAUGAUAAUCAAAUGGAGGAGGGGUAUGUGCUCACCUGUGUUUCUUACCCAACCUCAGAUUGUGUAAUUCAUACUCACAAGGAAUCUGAUCUUUACUAGUUAUUUAUUUCAAAUUAUGUGUAUUAUCAGUCUUGUUUAAGGUGAAGCAGUUAAAAGUAUUGCUCUGUUCUUGAGAAUUUUUAUGUGU